UUCCAGGGCACUCCUGGGGCCCCGUCUGGGGCCAUUUCUGGAAUCUCCCUGCGCAGCUCUUCCCAGCGGACGCGGUGGAGGGCGAGGCUGCUGCCGGUCCGAGGGGGAGGCGGCCGAGCAGGAUCGCCGCCUUGGCCUGAGCUGCCCUGCGCUCGGGGCCCCCGCGGCGCGCCGACUCCCCGCCCGCCUGCUCGAGAGUCUUUUGGUUUUUUCUUUCGGGUGCGCGCUGCCGGGCGCCGCCCCCCCAAGGUCUCCCACGGCCGGGCCAGCCGUCGACGCCCGCUCCUCUCUCCGGGCGAACCUGGUGUCCCGUGCUUGUCCCUGGGGGGUUCGGUCCAGAGGGCCUCGGCGCGGGCGCGGAGCGGCGCUUCUGCAGCGAUGACCAACAGCAGCGGCAAAGACUCCGAGGAGGUGCCGAGGAUGCGCUGGCUGAUCUUCGGGUGCGGCGGCGUCGGGGCGAAUUUCGGUGCGCGGCUCGCGCAGCAGGGGCAGCGCGUCAGCUUCAUGGUCCGCAACCAGGCCCUUGCGGCGCUGAGGAAGCACGGCGUGCGGGUCAAAAGCAUCUGCGGGGACGCGACUGUACCGCCAGAGCAGCUUGAUGCCAUCAUCGACACAAACAGCAUCCAGGCGGACAUUGGCACAGAGGCAGAUCCGAAGUGCCGAAAGACGGAGGAGGAUUUCGUGGCCGACGUUAUAGUGCUGUGCUGCAAGGCCUGGGAGGCCAAGAAGUGCCUUCAGAUGUGCAGGAAGUGGUGCGGGGCCGACACGCUGAUAUUGCCUCUCCAGAACGGCGUCGAAGGAUUUGAUAACAUCCAAGACAUUGUCAAGGGCUGGGGGGUUGGGCACGCUCUGGCCGGAUGUUGCAACAUCGUUGCUGCGAUCCAGGAGCCUGGUAUGAUCCGCCAUUGGGCUGCUGACCCGCCCUACAUCACGUUCGGAGAGUACAGUGGUCCACCCAGUUCGAAGACGCAGGCGGUGGCGAGGAUCUUUAGCUCGAGCCCGGGCAUGGAGGGGCACCUUGAGAGCGAGGCAAUGCCAAAGAUUUGGGAGAAGUUUGCGUUCAUCUGCGCCAGCACAGCAGUCGGCGCGACGUGCGGCCCCGCUGUCACUCAGGACAUCAUUGGGACUGUUCCCGAGCUCCAAGACAUGUGGCGCAGCGUGAUGCACGAGAUCAUCGCGCUGGCCAGGAGUUACGGGCUCAAGUACGAGGACAAGUGGCUGGAGGACCGCGUCGCGCUCCUCCAGAAGUCGAAGGGGGCGACCACCAGCUGCAGUAGGGACAUCUGGGCGGGCCGCCCCAGCGAACUGGACGACCUUCUCGGGUCCGUGGUCCGCAUGGGCAAGGCCAAGGGCAUCCCGACGCCGGUGAUCGGCGCCCUCUUCACCACGCUGCUCAUGCGUGAGCGGAUGGCGCGCCAGGAGUCCGCCCUGCCCAUCAACCCGCUGCUGGAGGGCCAGAAGGUGCUGGGGACGAUCUGUAACCACAAGGGCCAGCAGCUCCCGGCGGACAAGACGCUCGUCCAAAAGAAGGCCGAGGACUACGCCCACCCCGAGUGGUUCAUCUGCCCCAUGAGCUCGUGCACCCCAAGCGGGGGCAACGUAGAGGUGCCGGCAGGCGUCACGAUGGCCUGGGAGGUGGAGCUCGGGGUGGUCAUCUCCCGGGCCUGCCACAAGGUGCCGAAGGAGCAGGCGAUGGAGUACGUCGGUGGUUACGUGGUGGUCCUUGACAUGACGGGCCUCUCCGACGGUUUCGAGAGCAUGAAACACGGGCUGUCGUGGACGUUGAACAAGUGCCGCGCGACGUGGAAGCCUGUCGGGCGCUUCAUCCCCGCGUCCGACGUAGAGGACCCGCACCAGGUGACUCUGGUCACAAAGGUCAACGGCAAGGAGGUGGGGCGGGACAGCAUGUCCAGGAUGAAGUUCUCGGUCCAGGAGCAGGUCGCCGACGCCAGCGCGCUGACUCCGCUGCAGAGGGGCGACGUGCUCCUGGCGGGCGCCGGGUCGCUGGGGCCGAUUGCCGUCGGUGAUACAUUGGAGGGCUUCAUCGAAGGAUUGGGCGAACAGUUCCAGGCCAGCGCCAAGCUGGUGGCGGCAAAGGCUGCGGGGGAGGUCUGAGUACCGCGGCGGCUCGCUAGGGCUCUCCAUAAUAGUUGGGCCCCCUCAUGCGUCGCGUUGCUCCCUCCUUCGCUUGUUUCUCCCAGGUGGAUGGGCCCUCCCCCCUUUGCCUCGUCCUCUUCCUUGUCUUCAUCACUUCGUCUCCUUUUAUGUAUCGCCAGAGUCCCUCGUUUUUCAACGGCGGAUUUUUCUUGACGGUCGAACUGCGCCGGCGUUGCGUUUAGAUCACUUCGUUGUGAAGUACGAUGUGACAUGGCGCGCGCACCCAACGGAGUGCGAGCCACAGAGCGCCCUUGUUCGAUGCCAGCUCUCGUGCCUCGGGAACGCAGUGCCAGAGCGCGGCCUGGAAUAGAGCCGCGACUUUUUAGCCUGCGCUGUUUCUGUGGAGGUGCUGGCCGAGGAAAGAGUUGACGUGUUCGGCAUUCGCGCAGAAAGCCCGUCAGUGCCGACGACCGCGAGGGGGUGAUGUGAUCA